AUGGGGGGCCAGGAGAGUGCUGGAAUUGUGACAAGUGAUGGAGAGUCAUCCCAGGCAUUCAAAGUACACAAGGGAAUGGGUCUUAUAAAUCACGUCUUCAAUGCAGACAGCCUGAAGAAGCUGUACGUUUCAAACCUGGGUAUUGGGCACACAAGGUACUCCACCUCGGGAAUUUCUGAGCUGCAGAACUGCCAGCCCUUCGUUGUAGAAACUCUUCAUGGGAAGAUUGCUGUGGCGCACAACGGGGAGCUCACAAACGCUGUACGACUCAGGAGGAAGCUUAUGCGGCACGGUGUAGGCCUGUCGACCAGUUCUGACAGUGAACUGAUCACCCAGCUUCUGGCUUUCACACCUCCUCUAGAAAAUGACGAUACAGCCGACUGGGUAGCAAGAAUAAAAAAUUUAAUGAAUGAAACUCCAACUUCGUAUUCAUUGCUAAUUAUGCAUAAAGACAUAAUCUAUGCAGUACGUGAUCCAUAUGGGAAUCGCCCACUCUGCAUUGGUCGCCUUAUUCCAGUAGGGGACAUGAAUGGAAAAGGUAAAGAUAACAGUGAAACAGAAGGAUGGGUAGUUUCGUCUGAAUCCUGCAGCUUUUUGUCUAUUGGUGCAGAGUACUACCGAGAGGUCCUUCCUGGAGAGAUUGUAAAAAUAUCCAGAUAUGAUGUCCAGACACUGGAUGUUGUACCAAGACCUGAAGGAGAUCCGUCAGCAUUCUGCAUCUUUGAAUAUGUUUAUUUUGCAAGACCAGACAGUAUUUUUGAAGGUCAGAUGGUGUACUCAGUCAGGAGAAGAUGCGGGCAGCAGCUUGCUAUUGAAGCACCUGUGGAAGCAGACCUGGUCAGCACUGUUCCAGAGUCUGCAACCCCAGCAGCUCUUGGUUAUGCUCAACAGUGUGGACUACCAUACGUUGAAGUACUCUGUAAAAAUCGGUAUGUAGGAAGAACGUUUAUCCAGCCAAAUAUGAGGUUACGGCAACUUGGUGUUGCAAAGAAGUUUGGCGUCCUGUCUGAUAAUUUUAAAGGCAAGCGAGUUAUUAUCAUUGAUGAUUCAAUUGUGAGAGGCAAUACCAUUUCACCCAUAAUAAAACUACUGAGAGAAUCAGGAGCCAAAGAGGUGCACAUCCGUGUGGCUUCACCUCCCAUAAGAUUUCCUUGUUACAUGGGAAUAAACAUUCCAACUAAAGAAGAACUCAUUGCCAACAGACCUGAAUUCCAUGAUCUUGCAAACUAUAUAGGAGCAGACAGUGUUGUGUAUCUUUCUGUGGAAGGGCUGGUAUCGUCUGUGCAAGAAAGCAUCAAAGCAAGACAAGAGAACGAGAACAGCCUUAAAGCCCAGAAAUCGCGGCUUGGAAAGAUUGGUCAUUGCACAGCGUGUCUCACUGGAGAGUAUCCCGUGGAGCUGGAGUGGUGAAUCCUUAAUGGGUGGACAUCAGUUCAGCCGUGGUUGAAUGUAACUUGUUCAAAGAUGUCUCCUUGCUAAUAGCCUUUACACAUGUAGGUAACACGGAAAGCCUAUUACAGCUUACUAAUUACUGUUACUAAAACACAUCAGUACAGUACAGACUUCCAGAAAGUCCAAUGUGCUAAUGAAAACAAUGGAAGCAGAUUAAAAUACAAAAUCGUAUAGUUCUGAUGCACAGUUGUGCCUUCUAUCUUCUCAUAUUAUA